AAAUGGACAAAAAUAUGCAUAGAUAUGUACAUAUAUGUGUGUUCAUGUUUCACAUUUCAGCAUUCGAUUUGAUUGAAAAUUAAUUUAAAGAGCGGUAUUUCUGACUGAAAUUUGAUGUGUGAAAUUUAGUGAAACUAAUAAAAAGUGGAUGGAAAAUAUGACAAAAAAAAAAAAUAGCUCUGGAAAGAGCCUGAAGCUUUCUUGACCUUCAGCGGUCCAUUUUUAAGCAGAAGGUACUCACAUAUAUGCACUUGUAAGAGCUUACUCGAGCUCUUCUCAGGGAUUUCGAAGCGACCCGGUAGUUCAUUGUACUCAUCCUCCGAAGGAUGACGGCUUCCAUUUCCCUAGUAGUAACGAUUUUCCCUUAAAUGAAACGCCUGAGAGCCCAAGUUCUUUGGGAAUGGGCGAUACUUCUCCAGCAAGUUGCGUGCUUUACGGAAAGAGGUUUAGCCUUACUUUCCUCCUUUUCAUUAAGUUUCCCCCUGAUUUAAUUACGAAAGAGAAGAAUCCACCAAACUCCAGCUCAGAGACACAGUGAGCCACUAUCCUAUAGCAGAUGCUGAUGAAAUUCGAAUUACAGCUCCCUGUCUUGUGUGACCCUCUCUAAACACUUUCGCCAUAUGAAAAUUCAACAGAACAAGACCGUCUUAACUGGAUAUUUUGUGUAUUCAGUACACAUGUCGAAUCUUUAAGUACAAAUGCGAGUAUGUGCCCGUGUAUGAGAUGGACGUCGUAGAUGUCCUCACGGCAGCCAGCAGAAAAGAACACAGACCUAGCACAAAUGGAUCUCAAAGACAUCCUCUUUGCUUUCCUAAUGCCGGACUUGCACGUUCGUUGACUUAUUUUUUAGGGGUCUGGAGACAAACUCCCCCUCCACAGGAUGGACAGGGAUAUUUAAAGACUUAAAUCUCAGAUUCUCCUAUUUUCUUCUGCCCUAUUUGAUGAGGCUGUCACUGAUUUUUUAUAUAUGUACAUAUGUAUAAAUCUUUCCAGCUUACAAAUUAACACAGAAAAUUGAAGAAUAAUUUUCGAAAAUUUUUUGAACUGAACUUGAAAGAAAGUACAAAAAAAGUAAAAAUGAUUACCCAACAACAUUGAAGUUCAUUGAAAAUAUAAAAGCAAAAAAAAACAAAAAAUAACAACAAAAUGUUUAUAAAACUAUAACAAAAGGAAUAUCCCCUUAAAAAUACCGCGCCACACUCCCGAGCGGGAAACUCAAAAGGAAAACCCCCAAAAAACAACAAAACUCCAACUUCAAGUCUCCACACGCCAACGUCCCAGCCGGCGAUGCUUUUGGAGCUUAUCGAAUAUGCCACAAGACUGCUGAAGAACAACAUGACAACAAUAAUAUUGGCUGCUGCAGCAACAACAACAACGGUUACAGCAAAUAAUAUUACAACAAAUUUCACCUCCAACACCACCUCAACCAACUUCACCUCCUCUGCCUUCACCACAUCCGCCACAACAUCAUCAUCAUCAUCAUCAUCACUCUCCACAACACACUUUGGCGCGAUGUUACCGGAUCGACCUACCACUACUGCCACCAUUGGCGCAAGCACACAUCCCGCCCUGGACGACUUUAACUCUACACUCAAAUCGCUUUUCAAUCGAACCGUGGCCAACGUGGCUCAGUCUAAUUUCAGCGAUCACAGCACGCCCUACACAACCCUCCUAUCGUCUGCAAGUAAUAGUUUUGUCGGUUCAACGACACUGUUGCCUCCCGCGCCCACAGCUCCUGUUUCGCGUUACGCAAUGGAGGUGACGACGUCUCUGCCCGUGCAAACUAUCGCGACAUUCAUGUCUGCGGGGAAUAAGAAUCGCGCCACAAUAAUUGUUUAUCCCACAGUUUCACCCGAAUCCAUUGUGAUACCCAUAGUUUCGUGUAUUUUCGGUUUUCCCAUAUUGGCAUUACUGGUCAUCUGUUGCCUGCGACGACGUGCGAAAUUGGCGCGGGAACGGGAUCGUCGGCGUAAUUACGAUAUGCAGGACCAUGCUGUGAGCCUGGUCAGAUUUAGUCCCAUACAUAGGCUUAAUUACCGACCGUCGCGAGCUAUCAGCCUACGCCCUGAACGAAGCCUGAGUCAGGGUUUCACCUCCCUGGAGCUCGACACCGUAGUGGAGGAACGCUGCAGCGAUGUGGAUCAAACACAAACGGAAAUAUUGAAUGCCGAAUCGCCCAUGGAGACGACCUCAUCGUAUAAAAUGUCAUUUUCAAGCUAACAAUUAGUGGGCAACCAACAACA